UUAAAUCCCUCUAUCAUACCUACACACAUUCCAAACAAAACUUACAUAACCUUCAAGUGCAAGAUGUGAAACCCUAAGAUAUUACAAAUAAAAUACUCGAAUAUUAUUUCACUUGUGUUUAAUCAACGUGUAAAUCUCUACUCAUCAUGUUCCGCCGAAUAAAACACUCAAUCAAACUGCGCCACUUGCUCUGCUGCACAGUACUAGUAAUAAUACUGCAAUUGUUUGGUGUACUACAACUACUCUUCGAGAAAGAUUUCCACACAGACUUCCACUAUCCCUACGAUGGUGACUUUUCCUACUCAGCAUAUCAGCUCCGCAUGGGUCUCAAACCCGACAUUCCACCAAUCAACCAAUACAACUAUGCAUUCAUCCAUGAGCUCACUGAUAAGUGCAAAACAAAUGAUCCCAUACGCAUUGUAUACCUGAUUAAAUCAUCCCCAGAGAAUUUCUAUCGACGGUCAGUAAUACGCGCUACCUGGGGAUACGAACAGCGCUUCUCAGAUGUGGAAAUACGAAGAGUCUUCAUGCUUGGCUACAGAGAUGAUCCAAAUCAACAGCAACAACAAGAAAAACUCAAUCAGGAAUCUGCAAAAUUCGGCGAUAUUUUACAAAGCAAUUUCACUGAUGUUUACUAUAACAAUACAAUCAAAACAAUGAUGGGGUUCAAGUGGGCGGUGCAACACUGCAACACUGCGAAAUUUUACAUGUUUGUUGAUGAUGAUUACUAUAUAUCAACAAAAAACGUCCUUAGAUUCGUUCGCAAUCCAACAAACUAUCCGGAAUAUAUCAAAGGAUCACUAAAAAGUAAACAGACGAUAAAUCACAGAAGAAGACGUCAAUUGGUUGAUAUGGAAUUACCGAAUGAUGUGAAGUUAUACGCUGGUUAUGUGUUUAAUACGAAACCAUUGCGGCAUUACUUCACGAAAUUCUACAUUGGCCUAGCUGAAUAUCCAUACAAUCGAUGGCCGCCGUAUGUAACGGCCGGUGCGUAUCUGUUAUCGCGUGAGGCGUUGAUGGAGAUGUACUACGCGAGUUUUUAUACGCAACAUUUUCGUUUUGAUGAUAUUUACGUCGCGUUGCUUGCAUUACGCACAAACAUCGAGCCAUUCCACUCCGAUGAGUUUUAUAUGUACAAAAAAGAAUAUUCGAGGGAUUCUUACACGUUUACAGUGGCUUCGCAUGGGUUUAGUGAUCCGGUGGAGUUGAUAACCGCGUGGAAUGAGCAGAAAUCUGCGGGCAAUGCGUAGAUUUUAAGAGUUUAGAUUGUUGUGGUUGUACAUGAAUAGCAAUAAUGCUUGCACCUCGAAAUUUCAACAUUUGUGAUGAUUGUAAUACAUAUUAUGAUGAUAUUAACUGAUUAUUUGUUAGUUUUUAGUGGUUAAGAUAAAAGUGCAUGACUUAUGAGACAUUUCAAACAUAAUGUAUUGUAAUUGUAUUGAUUAUGUGAUAUUUAGUACAUAUAUCAAGUUUGAAAUGGAACUGUUUAACUUAUGCUAGUCUUCCAUAUGAAUAUGUAAUGAUAGUGAUAAUAAAAGUUUGUAAAAAUA